AUAUGAGAGAGGAGGGGACUGCAAUCUCCAAGCCAGCGAUCGAACCUGUCACUUGACAGUCAGUUGAACUCAGAGUAUUCUUCGUGUUUCCUUGCACGAAUAAUAUUUCGCAAAGAUGUACACAGUCAUGGGCUCGUCAAGCAGGCUGUCCUAUGGGUUCGUGCUGCUUCUGGUGUGUUGUUGUUCCUUGUCCGUAGCUCACAAACAUCCUCUGGAUCCUCUGAGUGUUGGCGAACAUCUGGCCGUGAGAUCUAUUCUCGCCAACUCCUCGCUGUGGUGCUCGACGUCAACUGCAGACUGCAACGUCAUCGCUUCAUUGGAGGUUGACGAGCCUGAAAAGGCAGAUGUGAAGGCAUGGGCGCCGGGGAAGAAACUCCCUCCUCGUAAAGCUGUCGUUGUGACAAGGCUGGACAAAGUCGUCCGAAAGAUCAUUGUCAACCUCGACACUGAGGAGAUUGAGUCGAGUGAAGUUUACGAGGGAUACGGUGGAACAGCACUGAACCGAUACGAAGUGGGCUUGCUAGCCUCGAUUGUUUCGAAAUAUGAACCUUUUCUCCAGAGCCUGAUCACGAGAGGAUUGAAUCUCCAGCAAGUAAACUAUUUACCCUUGAGUCCAGGCUGGUACGGUGUGCCUGAUGAUGAAGGGAAACGCAUUGUCACCGUGCAAGUGUUUUACAGCAACGGCACCGAGAAUUUCUACAUGCGACCUAUUGCUGGUAUCUCUGUGCAGGUCGACGUCGAUGAGCAACGGGUGCACAAGUUCAGCGACAAUUGGCAAGGUGUUCCAAUUCCAGGGAGCCAGAAUACUGAUUACAAAUUGGAAGCUCAGUACCCUUUGUUGCCCCCCUUGAAAAUCAUAUCGAUCGAGCAGCCAAAUGGACCCAGCUUCACCAUCGACGGAUACCAGAUUCAGUGGGGUGACAUCUGGCGAUUUCAUUUGAAGAUGGACAGUCGCGCAGGAACUGUCAUUUCGAUGGCUGAAGUGUCCGAUGGGGACGAGACGAAAGUCUGGAGAAGCGUUAUGUACAAGGGCUUCGUAUCAGAGAUGUUCGUGCCAUACCAGGACCCUACCGAUGACUGGUACUUCAAAACUUACUUGGACGCAGGCGAGUAUGGGCUCGGAGCUGUUUCGUCAGCCCUCCAGCCGCUCAACGACUGCCCUCGACAUGCUUACUUCCUGGACGCCGUCCUCUCCACACCUUCGGGCGUGCCCAUGAUUAAACGCAACGCCAUCUGCAUAUUCGAGCGCUACGCAGGAGAUGUCGCAUGGCGCCACACGGAGACUUUCGCUAUCGACGGCAAAACGGUGACGGAGGUGAGGCCCAAGGUGACUCUGGUCGUGAGAAUGGUGACCACGGUGGGCAACUACGACUACCUCCUCGACUGGGAGUUCCAAACUGACGGUCUGAUCCGCGCCACGGCGGGGUUGACCGGCAUGGUCAUGCCGAGGGGGACCAAGACCACAGUCGUGGAGAACGGGAAAGGUGCUGACGGCGAGGAGCUGCAUGGCAAUCUGAUAUCGGAGAACGUUGUCGGCGUGACCCACGAUCACUUCCUGACUUACUAUCUGGAUCUCGACGUCGAUGGCUCCGAGAAUUCCUUCGUCGAAUCGAAGAUGAAAACUCACCACAUCACACCCAAUUCCGGCGUUCCCAGGAAGAGCUAUUGGGAUGUGGAGAAACAUGUUGCCCAAACUGAAGCAGAUGCUAGGAUCAAGCUUAGCUUAGUAGCGCCUUCAGAGUUUGCGGUGAUCAACUCCAAGAAAACCACAAGGUUGGGCAAUGACAUCAGUUACCGAUUGGUACCAGGCGGUACUGCGGCAAGUUUGUUAGAUUCAGCUGAUUUCCCAGCACUGCGCGGUGCUUUCAUCAAUAACCAGAUCUGGGUCACCCAAUACCAUAAGGACGAGAAAUAUGCCGGUGGUCAGUACACUUAUCAAAGUCACGGUGAUGACACGCUAGCAGUUUGGUCUAGCAGGAACCGCAAGAUUGUAAACGAGGACAUUGUUCUAUGGUACACCUUGGGUUUUCAUCAUGUCCCAGUACAGGAAGACUUUCCAAUUAUGCCUACGGUAACAGGAGGCUUCGAGCUCAAGCCGGCCAAUUUCUUUGAGCACAAUCCUAUUCUGAAAACGAAGCCUAAUACAGCAAGUGAGUUCGCAAACGUGUUUUCUUCCUAUCUACCCAGAGUUGAGAGGUCAAUCAACGCGUAAACCGUAACCAAGGACCCACAAGAACCGCAGACAGCAGAGGAAGGGGUAAGUCGUAAACUCGAAUCGGAAUCUCUGCUCACUUGCACCAGUUUCCUACAUUCCAAAUGCCAUUGCUCAGGAGACUGGACCAGAGAGGAAAGCCCUAUCUCGUAGACAAGGCUACGAGAAACACUUUCAUAGCUUGCAUUAUUACACUCGCUGAAACGACAGUACAGUUCGUACAGAUAGAACCAUAUCUCAUGGUUCUCUAACACAUAAGGAAUAUGUGGACUCCCCGAUGUCUCGUGUUACAGUCUGUAUACUGUAAUCGGAAUCGGUCAUUGAUCGGCCCCUACCCUUCAAGGGUACCCCACAAAUAUCUCACUUAUUAGUUCCAGAGACUUGACUGAGUAUGUACAGUGGUUGUAUAUAUGUACCUAGAGAAAUUAGUGAACUUGUACGACGCAGGUUACGUGUACAUGGAUACAACUAACCCAGAUUAGAAUGCAGUACCAUCUCAGUACGCAGUAGAUAAUAGUAUCAGGUGUAGAAGACGAAUGAUGAUCGAUACACGAUCUGUGCUCGCUAUCUAUCUCAUGAUGAUCCAGGAUGAGCUCCAAUGCUUCGGGGCUUUACAUGUCAGUAAAGAACAUAAAGCUUCCUUGUACAC